AAACUCUUACUAUCAAUCUCAAAUUAUUUCCAACAUUUUACUUCCUACAAAAUUUAUUUUCGAUACUCUGACCGACGCAAAUUCUCUAUAUUGAUUUCAAUUAUAUUAUCAGUUUCAAUUGUGACUUCGUCGACUAAUCUUUAAACAAUGAUCGAUCCAAACAAAUUCGGCGUUUUAUUACUUUUAACCGUUUCUUUUCACAUUCUUUUAGCAUACGAUGCCCCAAUUAUCGGCAUUUUAUCCCAAGAAACGUUUUCGGUGAAUCAUUUAUUCGAAGAGGAGUACCACAGUUUUAUAGCGGCGAGUUAUGUUAAAUACUUAGAAAGUGCUGGAGCCCGAGUUGUUCCGAUAUUAAUUGGAAAAGAUCGCCAAUAUUACGUGGAUUUGGUAAAUCAUACAAAUGGAAUUUUAUUUCCCGGUGGGGCGACAUAUUUUAAUCAAAGCGAUGGUUACGCCGAUGCUGGUCAAAUCAUUUAUGAUCUAGCAUUAGAUUUAAAUAAAAAAGGCGAUUAUUACCCGAUUUGGGGAACUUGCCUAGGGAUGGAAUUAAUGAUACAUGUUGCGUUGAAUGGAGAAGAAGUCCGAUCUCAUUGUUCAGCUUCGAAAGUCUCAAUGCCGCUUAAUUUUAAAGAGGAUUUUAGAAAAAGUAAAUUAUUUUCGGAAGCCCCCGAAGAGAUAAUCGAAAUUUUAACGAAUCAAAACGUAACUUAUAACAGCCACCAAUUUUGUCUUACCGAAGAAACGUUUACAGAAAAAAAUUUAUUACAAGAUUGGACAAUAAUAUCUACCAACGAAGACAUAAAUGGAUUUCCUUUUAUUUCUACAUUCGAAUCGAAAAAAUUUCCAUUUUAUGCGGUUCAAUAUCAUCCGGAAAAGAUUAAUUUUGAGUUUAGGGAAAAGGAUAAUAUCCCUCACAGUUUAGAUGCGAUGAAAACGUCUCAUUAUUUCGCAAACUUUUUCAUCGAGGAAACCAAAAAGAACAAGCAUCGAUAUCCCGAUUGGAAUAGCGAAAUGAAAGCUUUGAUUUGUAAUUAUUCCCCACAUUUUACCGGGUUAAAAAAUAGUUCGUAUUUGCAACUUUACAUGUUUAAAAAGGAACAAGAAGUUAUUAAUGGAAAAUAAACUUUUUUUUGAUUAAGAUUAAUAGUUAUUUCUGUACAAUUUAUAUUUAUAAUUAAAUGAUUGAGUCUA